AUGACAGUGGCAGACACUGACGAUGUUAGUACGGAGUGUAACUUCGCGUUCGCAUUCAACAACGUCAAUUUCUCAGACCGAAUUCUCAACAUUGAGGUUAUACCUGACCACCCUCAUUUCAGCCGCAUCCGAUCCCAUUCUCCCUCUACUGUAACUCCCAGUCGCAAGAGAAGCAGACAUGGUGUUAUGAAAGCCAAUGAUGUCCUCUUGCAGCCCGAGGAAAAGGUAAAUUGUCAUUUACCAGAUGCCGAGGAAACUGUGGCAAUCACGGAGGCAUCAUCACCUUCAGCAGAAGAGGCUGCCGUUAUGGACCUACUUAAUUUUAUGUAUAGUAAUACUUUAUCAAGAACGGCAGCUGCUGCUGUAUUGGAUGUGCUGAUGGCUGCUGAUAAAUUUGAUGUAGUGUCAUGCAUAAAGUAUUGCAGUAAGAUGUUGAGGUUCAUUCCCAUGACUUGCAAGUCUGCCUUACUUUAUUUGGAUCUUCCUUCAAGCAUUUUGACGUCAGAUGCAAUUCAACCACUGAUAGAGACAGCAAAGUUGUUUCUUGCCUCACACUACAGAGAUAUAACAAAGUUUGCAGAUGAAGCACUGAAUUUGCCCUUAGCUGGCAUUGAAGCAGUGCUAUCUAGUGAUGACCUCCAGUUGCCUUCGGAGGAUGCUGUCUAUGAGUUUGUGCUCAAGUGGGCUAGGAUACAUUACCCCAAAAUUGAGGACCGGCGAGAUGUCCUUGGAGCACGCCUUGGUCGACUCAUCCGUUUUCCACACAUGAGCUGUCGAAAACUGGAGAUGGUCUUAAAAUGCAGUCACUUCCAUCCUGACUUUGCAUCAAAGGUUGUUCUUGAAGCUCUUUUCUUCAAGGCAGAGACACCGCGUCGGCAACGUUCUCUCGCUGCUCAGGAUGCUGGUGCCACCUACUCUCGUUUUGUUGAGAGGGCUUACAUGCACCGCCGUGUGAAGGUGGUUGAAUUUGCAUUGCCCCAGCCACAGUGUGUCAUAUACCUUGACCUAAAGAAAGAAGAAUGUGCGCAACUUUUUCCCAAUGGUCGAAUUCACUCUCAGGCAUUCCCCCUAGGGGAGCAGUUGUUUUUCUUGUCAGCUUGCUGCAAUGUGGACCAGCAAAACGGAUCCCUUAGCUUUGGCCUUUUCUUAGCAAUGAAAUUCAAGGAAUCAGUUCAUGUUGAAUAUGAAUUCGCUGCUAGAUCAAAAUUCACUGAGGAGUACAUAAGCAGACGCAAAGCAAAUUAUACUUUCACGAGAGGCAAGGCUGUAGGGCAUAGGAACCUGUUUGGUGUACCAUGGACUGCAUUCAUAGCUGACGAUAGCCAUUAUUUCAUCAAGGGAUACAUGCGGAACAAGAAUCAGCUUAUAAAAAGGCCUUUGUUCCAUGAGUUUCUAAGCAUCUUGCUCGACAAUAAUAAGAUUAAGAAUAAGGGGAUAUUAUUGAACUGUGGGCAGUUUAAUAUAGAGAGUGGCGUUUGA